AUGGACUCCGUCAAUCACUUCGAGACUAUCCCUGCAGGUCCUGGUGUAAUCGCUGCACUCCGAAAGCACAUUUCGGCCGCUCUCCUUGCAAAGCUUCCCGGUUUGAGCGACAUCGAUUUCUCAAGACAUAGCAAGCCAUCGUCUAUAGCAAAUCUGCGCUUGCUACUUGGAACCUACACUGAGAGGUCCCUAAAGAAGUGGGGCAACCCUGUGUAUGCAUACCUCAGUCCUAAUGCGAAUUCCUCAAUCGGCCCCAAGUUCAUCAUGGAGGUCGAUGAAAGACACGGACAUGGAGGACAUGACGUUGUGGAAGUCACAUGGUAUGAGGCUAUAUUUGAGCAGAGGGUCGCAACAAAACUUCCCUUCAAACAAGCUGCAACUAAAGACGAACUGUAUGCCGUGGUUAAGUACUACUUCCUGUUGGCGGUAGAGGCGGGAGUGGAGAACUUUCACCAUGACUUCAUCCCAUUGAACAGGUCCUUCGUCCAGCACCUGACUAGCUUAUGCCUGCAUUAUGCACCAGACCUUCGGACACCGACGCAUUCCACUGAGGGAUACACAUACGAUGAGGAGCCACCUCCACGAUAUCCUACGAAGUUUGAUCGACGGCGUCCCCCAGGCUAUGAGAAAGUGCCGGGUAUAGCAAAGGUCCAGCCGUUUCCGCAGGUCAGCAUCGAUGCGUCCGAAUUUAACCCUGGCAAGAGCGACAAUAGCAAUGCAGACGACGAGUCUUCCAGUCUGCAGCGGUCCAGACAUAAGAGACAAGCUUCUCGAAUGUCAGGCUUCGCAGCCGAAACAUCUUCGCAUGUCUCAGCUCAACGAGGGCGCAAACCCAUCACUGCUUUCUUCCGCAACGAUCGACCAGCCCUAUCACGUCCCCGUAGUCCGCACGAAGAAGUUUCUGUUCGCAGCUCGACUCCUCCGCGCAAUGCCAUCUCCUCGUGGUUGAAAACAAUGACUGAAGAGCUAAAACUGCAUCCGAAUGCUCUAACUACCAAGGCGCGAUCAGAAAAAAGGCUGGAGCUGGAGACCAACCAAUCCAUGUCGGAUGCAAUUGACUGGCCGCUGCGAGGAUCGUCGCCGCAAAGCUCGGUGUCGUCUGGUUACAUUGACAUGGACCAUUUCUCGAACCGCGACCAGAGCAGCUUGUUGAGUGGUACAGACAACUCCGUUUACUCGUUCCCGGAUCAACACGCCUCGAAGCCCUAUGAAGAGUGCGCGAGCUUGACGCACCUCGCGAUGACAGAGCCACUCCCCGAUAGACAUCAGCACGAUGUAGAGUGGAGAACGUUCCGGACGGCGACUGCCUCUCUUCCGGGAGUAGAUAAAGAUCGUCGUGAGCGCCGCACAUCGCGGAAAGCAGAGCGGUCUCGCAACUCGAUCGCCAACCGUCGUCCCGGCUCCACUUUUGGUUCGGUUGUUUCAAUCUCUUUGCUUCAGCGUCAAAAGAAGGUCAUUGAUAGUCGCGUCGAAAAGACACUUCAUGACAUCGAGGAUCACUACAUACGACUGAAGAAACUCCGACAGCAUCAAACCAGUAUCAAGGCGGAGAUGGUAGAAGCGAAGCGCCGUGAAGAGAAGGAGAACCGUUUUGAAGACGAGGAAAUGGCGCGCUGGGAGGACGGGGUGGAUGGUGGUAACGAUAGCAACAAGUCGAGGUUUUUGAGGUCGUUAUAG